AUGCUAACGGUCGCCAACCGCCAGCCAGCAGCUGCUAACGGCCGCGGCGCGUGCGGCGAGCCCAUUGGCCGAGGGUGUGACACCAAGUUGAAAACUGUCCAGGGUGUUGUGACAAGGUACUGCAGCGAUUAUGGCAUGAUUGAUGAUUUGAUCUACUUCUCUAACGAAGCUGUGACCACCAAAGUGCUUCUCAGUGUUGGACAGGAAGUUAUUGCCCUUGUGCAAGAAGAUAAAGUGUCAAAUGGACUGAAAGCAAUUAGGGUGGAGGCAGUCUCUGAUAAGUGGGAAGAUGACAGCAAAAACCAUGGCAGAGGGCUGUCCGACUCCAGCCCCCGAGUGCUGAUUGGCUGUGUGACUUCGCUGAUGGAGGGUGCUGGCUACAUCAGUCAGACCACAUACUUCUCUCUGAAGAGUGUUUGCGAAGGUUUCGAGCCCUGCAAGGGAGACUGGGUGGAGGCGGAGUACUGGAUCCGGCCGGGCACGUGGAACAGCGAGGCCAUCUCAGUGAAGCCCCUGAGGUACAAGCGCGUGGACAGGGUCUGCAUUUCUAGCCUCUGCGGGAGAAACGGGGUGAUAGAUGACAGCAUCUUUUUCACCUUGGACUCUCUGAGACUCGCUGAAGGAUAUGUGCCUCGAAGACAUGACGUGGUCAGUGCCGUGGUGGUGGAGAGCAGCCAGUCAUGCUAUGUCUGGAGAGCCCUAUGCAUAACCCCAGUGAAAAGACGGGACCCCGCUGCCUUUGAAGAGGCUGCCGAUGAGUCCUGUGGAGCCCUUUUACUGAAAAACAAAGGUGAUAUUGAAGUCACGAGGAUGACAAAUUUUGGAACAUUAAAAGAAGGAGGAAGUAAAAAUAUGGUGGUCUGGAUAGAGAAUAAAGGAGAUAUUCCUCAAAACUUAGUCAGCUGUAAACUAGCUGGCUGGGAUAAAGCUAAACAAUUCAGAUUUCAAACACCAGAUAAAACCCAAACGUGCCCAGUAGGGUCUCUUGUUCCUGUUUCUGAGAAGGAGAGGAAUCUUUCGGAUGAAAAUAUUAACUCACUAGAUAGCUACCAAAAACACACAACCUGUCAGGCAUCAGAGAGCGGUGCGGUGAACAUCACAGAAGUCUCUCCAGACGACUGUGCUUGUGAAGGAGAAGAUGGGGACAAAGAAGAGAGGAAGCCGGGGAAGCAGGUGACAGAGCUGGAGCCCGGAGGGUUCAUCCCUCCCGGUGGAAGAGCCCCGAUUGUGAUUGUAUGUGAUGCAAAGAAUUCCGGCCGCUGCAAGGAGCUCCUUCUACUCUGCUUCUCCAACUUUGUAAUUGGGCGGUUCCUUGAAGUGAAUGUCGAACUCAAGACGACAACUUCCAAGUUUUCUUCCACAGUAUCCAAUACCAGAUAGACUUAAGAAAUGUGUGGAACAAAAAAUUGACAUUCUGACUUUUCAGCCAUUACUC